AUAUUUAAAAUCGGCAAUCUUACCCAAAGAUCAGGAACACAACAAAGUUCGCUUGUACUUAUUGAGUAUGUUGCCGGGGGAAGGAGACGCUGUUUGUAUGUUUAUUACAAAGCGGAAGACGUCUAGUCUCCCUCUCUUGCCCGCCGAGUCGAGUUUUCGUUUUUAUCAGCAGGAGAUUUAGCGUCGAGAUACAGCUGCCUCGAGCGCGUUGACGGGACAAAUCUCAGAACACGGCCGCUCGAGAAGGAUGUCGAUGUGCGACAGAUCUGUGCCCACACAACAAUAUUAUUACCAAAAAAAUAACCUCUGCUGAAAGCUACGCUUUUAUGUGAGUCGCUGAGAAUGGAUAUGCGUCGAGUUUGGGAUAUUUUCGAGCCCGUGAUUCAGAAGAGGAGGAUCUGAACGACUUGAAUCCGGCACAUCUGGAGAUGGAGCCCUCUACAUAACUGCCACAGCCUAUUCAACGUGUUUCUUUCGAGAUGGGAGCAGCUGCCACUCUCAGGGCUCUGCUGGCCGCGGCCUGGAUUCUAACUAUUAACGCAGAUCUGAUAACAGACCCGCUCUUCACACAGGAUGGUGGUCUGGGCUCCGAGUCGGCGCCCACGGUGGUGGAGUGUGUGUGUGAGAACUACCACAUGUGCGAAGGCGGCGUGUGCAAAGGCCACUACUGCUACUUCUUCAUGUACCAUGGCAGCGAGCAGCGCGGCUGCCUGGAGGUGGAGCAGAAGGACCAGUGUGGUUCCGGGUUCGACAACCUGUACAUGAAGUGCUGCACGGAGCACCACUGCAACUCCAACAUCACCAAGCCAGAGGAACCAGAGCCGACGGAGGAGGGCGGUGCCAGCCUGGUGAUGCUGGUGGCGGUGCCUGUGCUGGUGCUGGUCCUGGUGGGCAUGGGAGCGUGUGCCCUGCUGCUCUGGCUGAGGUCCAGGAAGCCCCACUACAGGCUGCCAGAGGAGCACAACAACACCACACUCAUCAAGGUCCCCGCCGGGGUCGACCCUACCUAUGGGGACAUCUUUGAUGAGUUCUGCACCUCAGGCAGUGGGACAGGACUGCCCUAUCUGGUGCAGAGGACCAUGGCCAGACAGAUCUCCCUGGUGGAGUGUGUUGGCAAGGGCCGGUAUGGCGAGGUGUGGCGGGGCACGUGGAUGGGGGAGAGUGUAGCUGUGAAGAUCUUCUCGUCUCGUGAUGAGCAGUCCUGGUUCCGGGAGACGGAGAUCUACAACACCGUACAGCUCAGACACGACAACAUCCUGGGCUUCAUCGCGUCCGACAUGACGUCCAAGAACUCCAGCACGCAGCUGUGGCUGAUCACGCACUUCCACGAGCUGGGCUCUCUCUACGACUUCCUGCAGUACAGCAGCGUGGACCCCGAGGGCUGCCUGCGCAUGUGCCUGUCAGUGGCCAGCGGCCUGGUCCACCUUCACACGGAGAUCCAGAGCACGCAGGGCAAGCCGGCCAUCGCCCACCGCGACCUCAAGAGCCGCAACAUACUGGUCAAGCGCAACGGGCAGUGCUGCAUCGCCGACCUGGGCCUGGCAGUGAUUCACUCGCAGAGCAACGACGUCCUGGAUGUGGGCAACAACCCGCGCGUGGGCACCAAGCGCUACAUGGCUCCCGAGGUGCUGGACGAGAGCAUCCGCGUGGACGUCUUCGAGUCCUACAAGCAGACCGACAUCUGGGCACUGGGCCUCGUGCUCUGGGAAAUCACACGACGCACCAUCGUCAAUGGAAUUGUGGAGGAGUACCGCCCGCCCUUCUUUGACAUGGUGCCGUCGGAUCCCAGCUUUGAGGAGAUGAGGAAAGUGGUGUGUGUGGACCAACACAGGCCCAGCUUGCACAACAGACUCUACUCCCAUCCGAUUCUGUCCACCAUCGCCAAGGUGAUGAAAGAGUGUUGGUUCCAGAGUCCUCCAGCUCGUCUGACUGCCCUCCGGGUUCGCAAGACCAUCGCCAAGCUGGACCAAGACACGGAUCUGAUCAUGGACAAGCUAAAGCAAGAUGUCUGAGCAACCAAUGUCUUCAGCAAACCAAAGUUCAUGCCUUGGACUCUGGGCCAAGACGUUAGUUAUGGAGUUCAACCUUCAAGGAUUGAUAUUAAUGUUUUUUUUUGUUAUAAUUAUUAUUAUUUUUAUUAGGUCCUGCUCUCUCUUACUGCCUUGGACGUUGAAUUUCAUGUUCAAGCCAGGCUGGCAAAUUUGCCAAUUUCAGUUCUCCCGGAUCCAGAAAAAUCUGGCAACAAAGAAAAAAACAAACGCAAUGUGCGUGCCAUCAAAGAAAGACAUUUUGAUAUCGUCUGUGGCAACUUCCAGUCUGUGGGAGGCUUGCCAGAUCAAAGUUGUGUCUGCAUUGCAGGAGUCUGGUGCGACAGCCAGGCUCUGUCUUCUCUGCCAGGACUGGAAUGUUUUCCCUCUUUAGAAUUUGGAAUGUUUUGCUCUGAAGGAUUUGGAAUCUUGUCGUCAGUGUUCUCUUCCUGGAGAUGGUCUGUCCCUGGUAGGCCUCUGUGUAGACAGCCCUCUCGAUCCAUUCCAACCUAUGACAUCACUGUCCACUCUCGUUGCUUGUUUUGAUGGCGCCAGAAGUCUCUUAUGACUUCCGACUUCCUUAGCGUCUCAAAGCUAUUAGCCACUGUUUUGGACCGUGCUGCAAUCUGACUUCAAUCCUACUGCUGCUGCUGUUGCUGCUGCUGUUUUUUUUCAUCUACAUGUUCCUGUUUGCCCUUUUUCUUUUUUUGUACAGGAAUGUAAUCCCGGAUUUAGUGCCUUCUUGGCGUCGUAAAAGCCAGUCAUGUGCUGCGAACGGCGCAGCAACUGAACAAAUGACACUGGGGAAAGUUGAUGUCCUUACUUAAGAGAGUAAGAGUUAAGGCAAGGGACUUAUAGAGACUUACAGUAAUUUGGCUUGCAAGUCUUGUUGUCCUUCUCGGUUUUCCGAGGCUUUUGUUGGUGCCAGGAUGUGCGUGUCAUGCUGGCUUCCCCAAAACAUUUCCGCAAAUUCCUAAAGGAUUUUCCUGCCAUUCCUGGAGGAGGUAUUUUGUUCCAAAUAGCUGAGCUGGGUGGGAUCUGUCUCCCAUUCAGUCUGUGUGUGUGUGCGUGUGUGUGUGUGCGUGUGUGUGUGUGCGUGUGUGUGUGUGUGUGUGUGUGUGUGUGUGUGUGUGUGUGUGUGUGUGUGUGUGUGUGUGUGUGUGUGUGUGUGUGUGUGUGUGUGUGUGCGUGUUUGUGUGUGUGUGUGUGUGCCCAUUUAUGUGUGUGUGCGCCCGUGUGUGUGUGUGCGUGCGUGCGUGUUUGGGUGUGUGGACGAGACAUAUUGAUUUGACUGAUUCCUGGAAGUCCAGUGUAGCAUGCAUGAUGCUCAUUUUCAGUAAAAACACCACGUUCUAUAUCACUUACACAUGCUUGGCCACUAGACACACAUACCACUACAAGUAUGAUCAAAUAAGUACACAUGCAAGCAGCUACACGUAUGAUUAAAUAAGUUGAAAAUGUAUCUGUUGCUCUUAGGCCUAUUGUGUCACAUAUUUUUGUGACACAUCCGUGUCACAUAUUUUUGUAUGAUAUAUCUUUUUUAUUGGCAGGAUUUUUUUAAUCAUUAUUUUAAGGACGUACAUACUAUUUUGUAAUUGUAAAACAUAAUGCAAUACAGGAGUCUCCAACUGGUAGGCCUAUUUCAGAAGCCUUCCAGAUACUUCAUUAAGAAAAGGCUCUGUAAUGAAUGCUAAGAACAAUGUAAUCUUCAAGUUUUGGCAAAGGACGCGCUCAACUUCUUGGAAAAACGAAAGUCUUUGGGUGUGCGAUAAAAUGUAUCAACUUAAGGAAGAAAAAUCCACACUCACAAGCUGCGUCUCAUUAUUUAUUUACAGUUGAGGACGAUAUUACUA